AUGCCGAAAAAGUUCGCGAACGAGAACCCAAAAGUAGCGGCCGCCCGAGAUCGCAAGGCAACCGCUAAAAAGGAUGAAGCCGAUAAGAAAGCCAAGGUUUUCAAGACGUUUAUGGGAAAAAAUAAAAAAAUUAAUUAAAAGUUUUUAGGCUACCGAAGACGCCAAAUGGGUGGACGAUGAUAAGCUGGCGAAUCGAAAGCUUCAGAGAAAGGUGGGUAUUGAAACAAUGAAAUGUCGUUAAGGUUUAACAGUUUCCCACUUGAAAAAAUAAAUCUCGAUGAUUUUCACAUAAUUUAUCCGCAUUUUUGGACAACACUAUUAAUUAUGCAAAAUUACGAAAUCCGACGCUUCUCUGCUCAAAAAUUAAUGAAUUCGCUUUCAGGAGGAGGACGAGAAGAAGCGUGAAGAGGCGCUGAAAAGGAAGGAAGAGAACAAAAAGUUGGCGGAGGAGGAGAUGAGCUCGCUUGGCAACAAGAAGCCGACGAGCUCCUCUGCUCAGAAGGUCACCAGGUAACAGGGGGCAGGGGACAGGAGCAGAAAUCAGCAACGUUCAGGGCGCACAUUCAUUUGCGCAAAGAGGACGAGGAGCGCAUUAUGCGAGAAUUGGAGGAGAAACGAAAGCAGGAAGCACAGAAGUUGGAGGUAGUCGGCGAGAUUCAGGAGAAUCUCAACAAGGUCGUGCUCGAGGAGGGCGCUCGGACGGUCGACGAAGCGUUGAGAGUGCUCGGCGACGAGAAGGUUACCGAGGAGGACAAGCAUCCGGAGAAGCGAAUGAGAGCCGCCUAUUUGGUAAGCUUCUGCUGACGAAAUAUGUUAAACAAAUCUUGUUCCGCCGUUUCAAUGAUUUCAACCCUUAAAAUUCCAGGCUUUCGAGGAGAAGCGUCUGGCCGAACUGAAGAUCAAGCAUCCGACAUAUCGUCUAUCGCAACUAAAGCAAGUUCUCAAGAAGGAGUGGCAAAAAUCGCCGGAGAACCCGUUGAACGCCCGCAUCUUGGCCCUUUCCAAAUAA